UCCUAGAAACAGAGUGGUGGUUCUUGGUCUUAAGGUUUUCCCCCAUGGACUUUUGCUAAUUUUUUUUUUUUUAAAACCGUUGAAUUGGUUUGAGCUUGGCAUUUUCCCCUCAAACCUGCAAAGGUAUCGGUUAGAGAGUGGCCAUCUGAACAAAAAUCGGUGUAACUGGCCUGGCGAAAAAAUGGUCUGAAUGCUUUUUUGGACGUCAUGAGUCUUUCAUGACAUACCGACAUGCAAAACGUGGAAUGUUGUUUCAGAAUGCUGCUGUCAUUUCUGAUUAAUACAGUACAUAUCUGAAAUAUGGCAAGAACUUAAUCAGGUUUUUUUUUUUUAAUGCUCCACAAGAUUCAUUAAGCAAAACAUAAACAAAUAAAAUAGAGUUUAUUUAUUGUUAUACUAUUUAUAGAAACAUAUUUUGCUGACACUUGGAUGCUAAUGAUCCACGACGACAACUUUAAUAACAAGGAGAACAGCAGCCACAUUGUGUCGUAAGAUAGGUCAUUAAAGAAAACGAAAGAUUAUAAUUUUUUUUUAACAAUUUUAGUGGAUAUGCGUUUGGGUUUAUGUACACCAUUAAAUCAUUUCACGUGGCAAUUGCUGCUUUUUGUGAGUGUUGAUUUUAUAAAAUUAUUAUUUGAUUUGUUUUUACUCUUUAUCCAGUACUAAUCCAAAAGACUGGAAAAGCAAUGGGAACAUUUUCAGAGCAAAUCAUUUGGUGAAAAUGAGACUUUCACAGAAUGACUCAUAUAGUUUCCUGUUGUCAUUUUAAUUGGCCACUUUACAGCUGGCUUAAUGCGAGAGUUCAGCAGAUGAACUUGAAUAAUCAUUUCCGGACGGUCGUCUUCUUCACCGCAGCUCUGUCUCCUCCUGGCGGCCGCGGAUGAACAUCCUCGUUCUACUGGUUUGGUCUUGAACAAGAUCUCUACAUCGAUUACUCUCUUAAUACUAGUGAGUCUGACAUUUAUUCAGCUGUCAAGCUGUUAUGAUAUGAUUUUUUUUUUCCCCCCAAAACCGUCAGAUGCGUAGCAGUAAUAUUUUGCAUUACGCAACAGAUUGAAUUGCUACGCCGAAAUAUUGCCCACUGCUCUGUUUUAACUUGUCAUGCCAUUCAUUUCAAUUAUACCCAUACCGUCUCAACAUAUCCGUGAAAUAGAUUUGAGGUGUCAGGAUGAGUUUAGCUUUCAGCAGGGCUCCUCGAAAGACUGCGGGAAACCGCAUGUCCAGAAUUCUGGAUGCAGAGGAGGAGGAUGAGUUCUACAAGACCACCUAUGGAGGAUUUCACGACGAAUCAGGUGAUGAGGAAUAUAAGGGUGAUUUGUCUGAAACAGAAGAUGAAGUGGACAGCGACUUUGACAUCGAUGAAGGAGAUGAACCCGAUAGCGAGCAGGAGGAGGAUGGACCACGUCGAAAGAGCAGGGUGGUGACCAAAGCCUACAAGGAGCCAGUUAAAGUGGUGCGGCAAAAACCAAAACAAAGGAAACUGGCUGAACUGCCCAGGAGGACAGACAAGACAAAGAUAGACAAAUACAGCCCCCCUGAACUACAGGAGGACAUCAGCAAGAACAGGAAGUCGGUGCGUCAGUCAACAACGGAACACACGCGGCUGACGUACCUGAGGCUGCAGGAGAGGCAGGUUGCUCCGCGUCGAAGAAAGGGUACAAGACAUGAGCGACCUUUGACCCAGGCUGAACUUUUAGCAGAGGCCAAGAUCACAGCAGAGAUUAACCUUCGAUCACUGGAAAACUAUGAGCGUUUGGAGGCAGAUAAAAAACGUCAGGUUCAUAUGAAGCGUCAGUGUGUGGGAUCCGUUAUCCGAUAUCACUCUGUGUUUAUGCCGUUGGUGUCUGACGUCACUUUUAAAGAGGAAAACGUGGAUGUAGAGGGUUUGGACCAAGACGCCCAACAGAAUCCAGGGCCUCACCCUCCACAAGCUUUUUCCCAGUCAGAGUCAACCCUUACUGCGCCACCUACUGUUGUCUCUGCUAGCACAGCAGCUGUAAACUCUUCCCUGUCAUCAGGGCCUGCCAAAUGCUCCCGCACCUACAUCACGUUCAGUGAUGAUGAAUCCUUCCAGCGUUUCUUUCCCCAGUCCCCACCUCCUCGAAUUCCUGUCCAGGAGAUCUGCCCCGUUACCCAUAAGCCAGCGCUCUACCGAGACCCCAUCACAGACAUUCCCUACGCAAAUGUACAAGCCUUUAGGAUCAUCAGGGAAGCCUAUAAAAAGUAUGUGGCGGCCCACGGCCUGCCCUCCACUGGCACAGCAACUCCCGUCGACACUACAGCAAAGAAUCUGCGCCAGAAGAUCAUUAUUAAACAAGGGCCCGCUGUCUCUGGGCGAGCUGUGUGAAUUGAGAGUACCAUCGAGCAGCAAACAUGUCUAAGAGCGAUCCCCGAGACAUUGAUGAGGAUGCCAUCCUCAGGGGCCUCAGCGCUGAAGAGCUGGAAAAGCUG